GACUUCGAAUUUGAUUUUUCGUUUCAUAACGUCAAAAUAAUGUUCACUUCUUUGAAAUGGCAAGUCAUAAGGCAAUUGUGCAAGUUUUUGAAAAUUAUCAGAAGGCCCGUAUCACAUUUGUACAGCAGAUAGCUGAUUUGGCGCUAAGACCCCAAAAUGUGGACGUACUGGAUAGUGGAAAUAUAUUAGAUCUCUUAAGACCGCUUCUCACCGAUGUCUGUAUCCAAGUACAGCAAUGUGCCGCCAUUGGUUUAGGAAGAAUAUUACAUCAACGAGAAACGAUAGCCCUAAAAGCUCUAAAUAUGAAUGUUCUUUCAAUUUUAUUAACGAAUAUACAGAAUAAAAACAAAUACCAGAAAAAGGCAAUCUUGUUCGUCCUCAGAUCCAUUUGUAAGCACGGUGAAGACCUUUGCCGGAAUGUUGUUAAUAGUGGUGGCAUGCCAGCCGUUUUGUACUGCUUGGAAGACUUUGAACCGAUCGUCAAAGAGGCGGCAGCAUGGGUUAUCGGAUAUGUUGCAAGGACCAGCAAAGACCUAGCACACAUGUGCGUCCAAUCGGGAGCUGUACCCCUUCUCGUAUUAUGCCUGCAAGAGCCAGACCUCUCCUUGAAACAGAUCGCAGCCAGCGCCCUUGCCGACAUAGCCAAACAUAGCUUGGAAAUGGCUCAAACCAUCGAAGAUGCUGGGGCCAUACCACACUUGGCGAGGAACCUAAACAAUACCGACGAAAAAUUGAAACGCCAAGUACUGUACGCACUCAGUUCUUGCGCUAAACAUUCCACGGAAAUGGCAGAAGUUAUCGUCGAAGCGGAGUUGUUUCCUUUGGUUCUCAUCCAUUUGGCUCAUUCUUGUGCCCUGGUGGCCAAAAACGCUGCUUGUCUAGUGAGGGACGUGGUUAAGCAUUCCUUGGAGCUGGCGCAGUUAGUGGCCAAUACUGGAGGGAUUGGGGCUCUUUUGGAGGUCAUACAGCAUACUGAUGGGGACUGUAGGAUACCCAGCAUCACUGCUCUUGGAUACAUGGCUGCCCAUUCUGAGCAGCUCGCCAAGUCCAUAAUCUCCAACCAGGGCGUUAAUGAAUUGACCAAGAUACUUUACGAGUGCCAAGAUGACGCUACGUUGGCGGUGACAGUCUGGGCUCUGGGCCAGGUGGGCAAACACAGUCCAGAGCACGCCCAAGAGGUGGCUAAUGGCAACACCCUAGUGAAGAUUCUGAACCUUUACAACACCAGGAGUUCCUCCGAGGAUAUGAAGUUCAAGGCGAAAUCCACGCUGAAGACGAUACUCCAGAGAUGCGUCAUGCUAUCCGCUUUAGAACCGCUGCUUUAUGAGGCCCCUCAAGAGAUACUCAAGUACGUGCUUGGACAAUACAGUAAGGUCCUGCCUCACGAUCCAAAAGCUCGAAGAUUGUUUGUGACCACGGGGGCCCUGAAGAGAAUACAAGAGAUCGACGCCAAACCUGGUAGUACUUUGCUGGAAUACAUAAGUGUGAUCAACGCUUCGUUCCCCGAUGAAAUAGUCAGAUAUUACUCCCCUGGUUAUCCGGAAACGCUCUUGGACAAAGUAGAGCAAUAUUCACCCCAAAUGGCGACAGUGUUCAAGGAAACCAGAAGGAAAGACAGCGACCUACAGACUGAUGUUUCCGUUUUACUGGAUGAUACCGCAUCGUCCAUCAGUCAAGAUGUGAUAGAGAACAUUUAAGAAACAUUUUCUAUACAAUCUCAUAUUAGAAGAACAUUUUAACGAACAACAUUGUUUAUUUUAAACUGAAAUAAAGUGACUUUUCACAA